AUGGAAAGUAAACAAAAUAGUGUAUGUAAAUUUUUGGAAGAAAACAAUAACUUAUCAAAUAAUGAUCAAAUCGAAAAAAGUGUUGAAAAAGAUAUUUUCACAGAUCAAUAUGAAACAAAUAAAAAUGGAAGUGUAAUACAAGAAAGUGAUAAUGAUAAUUAUAAUACAACAAGAAAUGAAGAAAUACAUGAGGAUGAAGAUGAAGAUGAAGAAGAAGACGUAGAUGAUGGUGAUGAAGAAAAAGAACAUAAAAAAGAUGAAUCGUUAGAAAUGAAACAUAAAAAUAAUAUUAAUGAAAACAUAAAUAUAAAGAUAUACCCAUCACAUAAUGAUAAUAAUACUCUAUAUAAUGGAGGUACAGGUAUGUGUUUAAUAAUAAUAAUUUUUGUAAGUGAUAAAUCAAAUACUGAAAAGAUUCUUUGA